AAGCGCGUAGCGUUGGCAUCUGGCGGACAAAGCACGAUCGAGUUCCGUGGGGAGAGCAUAGUCCGAGUUGACGGCGUGAAUCGCAACGACAUUUUGCGUCUCGCGUAAUUAUUUUCCGCUGCGAAGUCGCGAGCCGCUUCCCGACGUUCACGCAGGUAAACGGACAUCGAGGAGGAAAAGAGACACGAUGGCGAAGCUCAGCUUCAAGGUGUACAUGAUAAACGACGACUUGUCGGACCACGUCGAACAAGUGCGUAGAUUCGCUAUCGAUACCGACGUCGCGAUGAAUUACAACUACUUGCGCGAGAGGCUGCAGACCUUCUUCCCGGAGCUGCGCUCUCGGAAUUUCAUCAUGGCUUGGAGAGAUGACGAGAAGGAGAAUAUCACGAUAUCGACCAACGAGGAGCUGGAGAUCGCGUUGACGGAGAUGUCCAAGGACAUCCGAAAGAUCUGCAAGCUGUACAUCAUCCUGCAGAACGAGAAGGAAACGAGCGCAGAGGCCAAGAAGACGGAGAAGACCUGUCAUCCCGGUGUGAUCUGCGACAUGUGCGACAAGAAGAUCUACGGCUUCCGCUUCAAGUGCAUGCAAUGCGUGGACUACGACCUCUGCUUCGACUGCAUGACGCUGGGCUAUCAUCCGGAGCACUACAUGGUGCGCAUGACCAACCCGGUCGACUGGUCGAGCUACCACGGCCACCGGCUCAAUCACCACAUGCGUAAGUUCGUGAGGAGGAUGAUGUACAGCAGCAAGGACGACGAGCGCAAGGCCAAGGGCGGCAGGCGCGGCGGCAGCGGCACUCGCGGCUGCCCGAUGUUCAACACAACAGGCGGUAAAUUUACUGUUGGUCCGUUUGAUGCAUCUGUCGUAGAGCCACUGGUGGGUUUCAUAGUAGAUGCGUGUGUCCCCCCGUCAGACGCGUGCGACGAGCAGAAGCGGUCACCCAAGGAGCAGCAGCAGCAGCAGCACCGAGACCCGUCGACCGAGGCGGCGACGGAGGCGACCGAGAACCCGCAGCAGGAGGUGACCAAGGACAAGUUCUCGCAGCUGAUGAAGAUGCUCGAGGACAACUUCUCGAGUAUAUCGCAGUUCCUCGACCCGCUCGGCAUCAGCGUCAGCGUCGUCGAUGACCGCGACGCCAACAAGCAGAGCAAACCAGCGAAGAACGCGGCGCAGGAGAAGGCUGCAGAGGGUCAGACCGCGGACGAGACCGGACGAGAGAGUAAGAAGUUCCCUGGAAAGGGAAAGAAACUCUGCGACGACAGCACGGAGGAGAAAGCGGGUCCUUCGGACAACGCGACAUCGGUGCAGAAGGACACGGCGGCGGCCUCUUGCUCGGCCGAGCAGGCCGCUGAGGCUGACGAGUGGACGAUGCUGCAGUGCGACAGCGCCAUGAACAUCAGCCGCGCGUCCUCCGCUUCGUCCUCCUCCUCGAACGGCGCGAUACCCAAGCAGGCCGCAUCGUCCACGUCAACAGCACCAUCACCACCGGCAGAGGCGGCGAAAGCGGAGCCACCGAAGCCCAUGUAUCCACCUCUACCGCAGGAAGUGAAACACGAGUUCUACCAUCCGAAUCCCAAGAUCCAAAACGCCGUGGAGACGAUGAUGGCGAUGGGAUUCUCCAACGACGGCGGCUGGCUCACGCAUCUGCUGGUCUCGAAGAACGGCGACAUCUGUCAGGCACUGGAUGUUCUCUCGGCGGUGCAACGCAAAUAAUUGGAGGAAGCGAGACCAACAUCUACUCUUUUUUUUAGUUGGCGAUAGCUCAUCUAUGAUAACGGAUGCACUAGUUAACGCAUAGUCAGUGCUUUUGAGAUAACGGUGACAGUUUAUGUACGGUUGCUUAUUAUAAUCGUUAAUAAUAAUUCUCUUUACCUCGGUAAAUCCUCAUUUUACACACAUUGCUCAACAAUUGAGUGCACAAAAUUUUAAUAGAGGUCACGCGUCACGUUCCGUCUACUCUUAACGGGAUCAUUAAUUAGCUUCAUUUCAGUUUGAUUAUCGUUCGUCACUCGUUUACGUUGCUAAACUCUUUGUUUUGCGUACAUACACGCGUACUACGAUUUUCUCUAGAAGGAUUAAAUCACAACACACUUAGGAUUUAUUUUUUAGAUUAUAUAAAGAGAAGAAUAUACUAUUUUUACAUAUUUUCUUGGUGAUUGUAAUCAUUAUAUAUCACUGCGUACUGCAUUUUAUGUGAAUAAAAUAAAAGUGACG